AUCAACCAGUUCUCCUGCUACAGACACUGCCCAGCCAUAUCACAGAUCAAAAUAAAAACAUAUUCGGUGCUUUAUUUAUAAUUGUAGCGCAGAAAAAGAUCACAAACGGAAUUCGUUUAUUAUUAUUUUUCGAUAAAUUAAGUUUCAGCGACCAAAAUGCCCGUUUUAUUAAAAUCUGGGGAAAUGCAGCGGACGUCAGCUUUCAAGUUAUCCUGUGUAGCAUUGGCGAUGUUUCUGGCCUGCCCAGUCUCUUCCAUGGAUGUGCUGGUGCCACAACAGAUCAAUGCUCUCAAUGGCACUGAGGUCAGAAUCCCCUGUGUGUUCACCUCAUGCUACAAACUAGAUCCCAGCAAGUUUGCCAUGAACUGGACCUAUCAGGAGACAAGCAAUAGCACAGAGGAGAUGUUUAUGACCUAUAAGAACAGGAUAACACCCCUGAAGUCAACCCGAUUUGGAGACCGGGUUGUGUUUUCUGGGAAACUGGAGAAGAACGAUCUGUCUAUCACUAUCUUGGACGUUCAGUUGACUGAUGAGGGCAUCUACAACUGCUAUGUGCGCAACCCUCCAGACCGCAUUCACGGACACGGCACCAUCCAGUUGUUCGUCCUGACUGAAUUACCCCCACCAAGAGACUCGACCAUAGCUGUGGCCAUUGGGGCAUCUGUGGGGGGCAUUCUUGCUCUGCUGAUUCUGUCUAUGGUGGUGGUGAAGUGUAUUCGCAGACACAAGAACCAGGAGCUGAUCUCAGAUGAGCAGAAGAUGGAGGAAGAAGGCAAAGCAGAUGGAGAAGGAGGCACAGAAGAAGCGACAAAACAACCCUAACCUGACUGCUUAGUCUUGGAGGCCUAGAGGUUGGUGGAGCCCCUUCUUUCAAAUUCAGAAAUGUAUGAAUUUCCUGCCUGAAGAUAUGUACAAGUUGUUUGACGCUUCGUCCUGUAAAUGUCUCAUUCAACAUUCCUAAAGGCUCAAUUAUUUUGUGUAGCCAUCAAACAUGUAAUUUUAGGAAGACCCCUGCCACAGUGCCAUGAUGUCCUGUCACUGAUGACAAAUAAAGGGUUACUCAAUAUAUCAGGUCAAUGUGGUAAUUACAGUAGCAUACAGACCUUUUAAUGGGUCCACACCUUUUUUCUUACUCACUAAAUGUAUUUUUUCUCCAACUACUGCCAAUGGAUUAGCCAUCCAGUAUUUCUGCUGAACAUUUUCUAAAGGGAUACAUUUUAAGUGUUAUUAAAAUUGAAGAAGCACACAAAGUUAUCCUUACAACUGCCAAAGUGUUUUUAACCAACUGCUGUUUAUAAUUUUUGACGGAUUUUUGGAAAUCACUGCCCUUAACUUCCUCUCAAGUGUGUUUGUAUGUAUGUGUGUGUGCCUUUUGAUUGUGCCAGUUUGCUCCUAUUGCUGUUAAAAUCAACUUGGUAAAACAGAAAAUGAUUUAGCAGUGAUACCUUGUGCCUACCAAAAUGGUAGGAACAUAUUCAUCAUUGUUUAAAAUCUAUAAUUUGCUUGCUUGCAGCACGUAACAUACCUCCAAAACCUGUGCAAUUAUUCCAUACUAAUUUUCUCACAUAUGGCACACAUAAAGUGCAGAAAAACAAUCCAUCAAUUUGCACAAACAUCUAAAAAAUCUUGCUUUCACACAAAAAUGUGAUAAUUUCAGGUGCAACGCAGCAAGUACAGUAAUUGCUGGUGAAUAUUUGUAUUUAUUGAUAAAAAAACCCAAAAACCUAAAUAGAAAAUAAAUUACUAGUAUUAUUAAUUGUGCUACAUAUGUAUGUUGUGGUAUUUUAUGUGGGAGAUAGUAAUUUAGACUUUUCUUGAUCUUCUUGAACGUAUUAGUUGUGAACUUCAUUUUAUUUAAUUUAAAAAUGCACUUCAUAUUUAAUUUGAUAAUAAAAUCUAAAAGCUAAUCUUAUAAUCCUUUCUGAAAGAGGCAAAAAAAAAAAAAAAAAAAAAUUCAAUAAUAGGCUUGUGCAAAUAACAGAUAUUGCAAAGAUUAAGCAAAUGUUUAAAAAGGUAUACGUUAAGUAUAUGUUAAACCGCUGAUUAAAAGAUAUAAAAAAUAUAGAAGAUAAUUUCUUUUAAAUAAAAAAGAAAGCACAAGUCAUGGAAACUUGUAUGAACACGUCAAUACUCAGUCUAAAAAUGUUGAGGGAAAUUGCUCCAGAUCUUAAAAAUCUGCUGUUUUCAUUUUGAAUUUGAUAAUAAUCUGUUUGUGAAUGAACAAAGAUUAUAAACUCAGAUUUGUUACAAACUAAAGUUUUCGUGUGUCAGGGGUUGUUGCAUUUUAAAUGUGUCCCAUAACAGUUUUCAUGCGCUGGCAUUAAAUCUCGUGGUCACACUUUACAGUAAGGUUCUAUUUAUUAACAUUAGUAAAUGCAUUAAGUAACAUGAACUAACAAGGAACUGUUUUUUAUUUUAUUUUAUUUUUUUGUAAAUUUAUGUAAUUUACACUAACCAAGGGCUGGGUUUCCUGAUAACAUUGCAAUUUAAGAUUUUACGAUCAUCUUAAUGAACGUCACCCUUUAUUUUAUGAUGGAGUAACGUCUGUUUCCCAAACCAGCACGUAGAUCGCUUGUUAUAAAGAAGAACUUAAGUGCUUUGUAUGAGAGCUGUCUGGUCUAAAGGUGCUGAUCACUUUGGCAAAUAUGUCCAGAGUUUGUCUUCUCAACAUGAAAAUAAUGUGGAAAUACUGACAAACAUGGAAGUUGUUUGUAACCGAAUAACAAAGUUUAUGAACUAUUACAGAAUUGAAUUAUGGAAAUAAUGAUGGCUUUAGCAAGACAGAGUUUCAGAUGUACUGAUGCUCAGUAAUAGAGAUUAAUGAAAGUGACGCAAUAAAUGCAUGUAACAUGAAUGUACGUGAUGUGAAUCAUAAGCGACUCUCACGUAGCCUAAAGUUUUUUGGCUGGAAACUGAACAAAUGCAAAAAGAACAGGAUUAAAAUGACGGGCAUCAGUGUUGAACUACUCAUAGACCUACAGGACAGUAUCUAAAUAUUAAUAGAACGUCUGGAUAAAGUUCAAGGCACCGUGUACUUGUAGCCUUACUGCCAUUAUGCAUCGUGCAAUUUGUUACUGCCUUGUAAAAAGACUAUAGGCGAGCCGAUUUGAAACAUCCAUUUGAGGAAGGAGGAAGAGAGAGAGGGAAUCUCUCAUUGCACACUUUUACUCUAAUCUCCUCUAACCAAAUUUGUAUUAUUUAUUAGGCUUAUUUAUUUAAGUUUUAAACUGCAUGGUCACAUUACUCGUGUCUUCUUAAAUAAUCUGUUUAAUAAAAACAUAUUGUCUUUCUAUUGCCAUUACAAUUAUGCUUAUCAAAAAAGGCUAAUAUAACGUUAUACUGUAUUACGUCUUGUAAAUUUAGACCUAUCACAUCGCAUGCACAGACUACGGGGACUGCCUAUUGAUAUCAUAGUGAUUUUUUCAACACUUUUUUAUCCUCUGAAAUAGUUUACAAUGGCUUGCCAAUGAUCAAAAUAUAUUAAUACAAUUGAUUAAAUGUCCCACUGUGAAAGAUGCCAGAAAGAUACAUUUAAUUUGCACUUAAUGGACUUAAGAUAGGUUCAAAGCUCUCAUUAAUUUACAAACAUUUUUCCAAACUACUUAGAUAACGAUGCUUUUGGGAAACGCGCCUUAGAGAUUAAGUACUACUUAAGUGCUUCUAACGUUCUACUUAGUGCUUCGGGAAACCCAGCCAUGAUAUUUGUAUUGUUUAUUGUUAGUUCAUGUAAACUAAUGUAGUUAUAAAUACAAAUACAUUUCUUUUAUACUGUAUAUAUAUAUAUAUAUAUAUAUAUAUAUACAGUACAGUAUGUCUUGGCAGCAAGCUAUGACAUAGUUUGUGUCAUCCUUAAUUUUAUCAACUUUUCUAGAUCUUGUUUUACUUCAUCAUGUACGGUCAUCUGUUAUAACUCUACAUAUAUGCAGGAUAUGACCCAAGCCUGUGGCAUACAUAGGCUACUCUUUAUUCCUUCUCAUAUUGUAUUUUACUGUAUCUUGUUGUUUUAUGUUGUCAGCUUGUUCUAACUCUAACAAACAUCUACCAGAAAGUACAAAUACCAUUGCAUUAUUUGAAGUGCCCUGGAGUACUAUGUAAAUACCAUGGUACAUGAAUAUAGUAAUCAUUCAGUACCAUAGUUACCACCUGAUACCAUCACUGCACCAUGGUACCAUUGUAGUAUUUUAUUUAUUUAUUUAUUGUAAAUGCAAAGUAUUUUUUGUUUAUUAUUAUUAAUAUUUGUUAUUAUUGUUAUUCAAACUGUUUAAAUGUGUUGUUUAUUUAUGGACUAUAAUACUUAUUGAGUAACAUCUUUUAACAGUUGAUGAAUUUUAUCUGACAGAUCAAAUCAUUGGUAUGAGCAAAACCAUCAGGACAAAUAAUAUGACUAUGUAUCCAAGUAUAAUUUAAUUUAAAAUGACAUUCAGUUACUUUGUGACACAAGUAAGCAUCGAGAGUUAGUAUCAUGUUGGACUGUGCAUUUUUGUGUAGAUAUUGGCAUAGUGUGACUGAAAGUGCACUCACAAAAUAUGAAGUGUAUUCACUCCUAAAGAAUAUAACAAACCCAUUUAGCUCAUAAUUUGAUUUGCUGUGUAGUAGUUAAUAUUAAGCUAGCUUGUGAAAUUCAGACUGUGGCACAAUGACUUUCAUGUUUGGCGCUUUAAUGGUUGCCGUUCAGAAGUUGAUUCAUUUUGCGUUCAUUGCCAGGCAACACAGCUCUCUAUCUCUGAAUAUCAUCUAUUAGAAUUAGACAAUGAUGUCCUUGUUACUUGGCUACAUGUAUACAUAUGUAAUAAUAGGCAUGAUAUUGGGUCAUACUGUAGGUCAUAAAAUCAAUUUUGCACUGCUAGACACCAGCUAUAGUAUUGAAAAAGUGUCACUGAUUACACAAAUAUGAUGUAACCAUGAAAAUUAGACUGUUGAUUGUAAUGACUUGAUGUUUUCUUUGAUACAUAUGCCUAUUUAUGUUACAUCAAGAUCAUACACACGUUUCAGUAGUGGCAGCAAGGCUGAAUGAGAUGGUUUGGGGACCAUUUUUUGCCCGUUCUUCAUAAUGCAUGCCUCUGUUUCAGUGUGUCUCUGAAGGUUUGACCCUGGCCUACUUUAUAACAUCACAUUUGCUUGCACUGCACCAUAACUAUGAGCUGUAUCACUGAUUGUUUUUUUUUUUCCAAUAAAGAUAAAGAA